GCAUUGUUCAAUCAAACUAACACCAAACUUCAUGUCUAAUUUCAGGUUAUGGGGAAAGUUGGUUUCAAUUUCCCAAUAUUUCUCACAUUAAUCCACUACACUUCCGCUUGGGUUCUACUCGCCAUUUUCAAAGCAUUUUCAUUGCUUCCAGCCUCUCCUCCUUCCAAAACUACACCAUUCUCUUCUCUUUUUUCUCUGGGCGUCGUCAUGGCUUUUGCCUCUGGCCUUGCCAACACUAGCCUAAAGCAUAACAGUGUUGGGUUCUACCAGAUGGCUAAAAUUGCUGUCACUCCAACCAUUGUUCUAGCAGAGUUCAUCCUAUUCAGAAAAACUGUUUCUUUAAAUAAGAUUCUGGCUCUUAUUAUUGUCUCCAUAGGCGUGGCAGUGGCAACUGUGACAGAUCUAGAAUUCAAUCUCUUUGGCGCUUGCAUUGCAGUUGCUUGGAUAAUCCCAAGUGCAAUAAAUAAAAUUCUCUGGUCUAAUCUGCAACAACAAGGCAAUUGGACCGCUCUCGCGUUGAUGUGGAAGACUACUCCUGUCACAAUCUUCUUCUUAGUCACGCUGAUUCCAUGGUUAGACCCUCCUGGGGGAUUGUCCUUUGAGUGGAAUCUCAACAAUUCAUCCGCUAUUCUAAUAUCAGCCGCUCUUGGUUUUCUCUUACAAUGGUCUGGAGCUUUAGCACUUGGUGCGACUUCUGCGACUUCCCAUGUUGUGUUAGGGCAAUUCAAGACUUGUGUGAUCCUUCUUGGAGGCUACUUGCUCUUCAAUUCGGAUCCAGGGUUUGUGAGCAUUUGUGGAGCUGUCACAGCGCUUGGUGGAAUGUCAGUCUACACAUCAUUUAACUUGAAGCAGUCACAAGAGGCCAUUGCAAACCAGCUUCCAAAUCAGAAUUUGUCUGCUUUGAAACCUAAAAGCGUUGAAGAAGACGAAACAAAACAGAUAGACGUGAAUGAAACCCCAAAUGCUGUGUGAAAUAAGGAAGCUUUGGCAUUGCAAGUCCAUACGCCCGCCUUGCAAGAGAGAGAGAGAGAGAGAUCCAACAUUGUUAUUAAUUGUAGAAUUAUUGUUCUAACUUGGUAUUUGGGGAUGGAAGCUCUGUACAAAAGUGCAUUAAAUUUUGCAAAGAUUAUUAAAUUUUGCAUCUCAAAUACAUUUUCAGCAAUACAGUAGUUCCUCUCUCUCUCUCUCUGGGGUAAAGGGUUGGGGAAUUGAAGAUCACAGCUUCUCUCCAGUGAACUGGAGUCUAGCUGUGAGAAGAGUAGUACCACAAGUUAAAAAGCCCAUUUUGCAGAAUCAUGUUUAGUUUCCAAAGCUCACAAAUGUUAAAUGGAAUUUAAGCUAUUUUCCUGUUUUGCAGAAUCA